AUGAACAGUGCGCUAAGUUAUCAGCAGCUAUUCUCUGUCCUGGCCCCGACAGGUUUCUCGGCUAUGAACGACCUCCAAUCGCAGUCCUUGCCACACACCGCUCAUGCAUCCCCAGCCCUGACCUCGGCGGCGCCUGCGCCCACCCAGAACAACCACCGAUCCCCAAUAUACCCGGACCUUCUCGGUGCACCGCCCGUUCCACCACCGAGGACGUCUUCAACGCAGCGGAGUCACGGCUCAAGCGAGAGAGUCCCAGGAUCGCGCCAAGGGAAGAGCAAAGGCGACGAGCGGAGCGCAAACCACCGCGAAAGGAGAAGAGAGGACUCACGGUCCCGGCGACCAGCCCCGAGAACGUCCGAAGACCAGUCCGGAGGGGUGGGAGGGGUGAACAGUCGAAGCCAGGCAGCUUCGUCUUCUGCGCCCAUGCGCUCGGAAAACCCCACGGAGGCAUUGCCGGGCCAAGGGGCCUUGGUCAAGGAAUCGAGCACAUCGAUCAAUCAAGUCAUGGUAAGCGACCCGUCGGUGGACGUCGAGCGAGAACAGGUCCGACAAUCUGGUACAUCGGUAUCACCGUCGACUGAUGGUACUCCAACCCCUGGGCUGGGCUUGGUGGGUAGUGACGGCGUAGAUGAUGGAGGUCGCGGCGGGCUGCGGAGUCGGCAUGAUUACAACGAGAAUUCAAAUAAGCGGAAAGAGACAACAUUCGGUCAGUACAUUUUAGGACAAACACUGGGAGAGGGUGAGUUCGGGAAAGUGAAGCUGGGGUGGAAGAGGGAUGGCAGUAUCCAAGUGGCUAUCAAGCUAAUACGGAGGGAGUCUCUCGGAUCGAACCCCAGCCGGCUGCCCAAGAUUUACCGGGAAAUUUCGAUAUUACGCGACCUUUCCCAUCCCAACAUUGUCCGAUUACACGAGAUGGUGGAGACUGAUAAGCACAUCGGUAUCAUCAUGGAAUAUGCGUCUGGGGGCGAACUUUUCGAUCAUAUCUUGAAUAACCGGUAUCUCAAAGACAAUGCAGCUCGGCGUCUCUUUGCGCAGUUGGUAUCUGGAGUUGGUUACCUCCACAAAAAGGGCAUUGUCCAUCGAGACUUAAAGUUGGAAAACUUACUGCUGGAUCGAAAUCGUAACAUCAUCAUCACAGACUUUGGCUUCGCGAACACCUUCGAUCCGAUAGAUGAGCUAGGCGAGGAGAUCGAAUAUAAUCUUACGAACAAGGAGUUUGUAAAGAGGAUGCGCCUUGACAAGCCUAAUGCCAAGGGCUUAAGGCGUGGUGAUUUGAUGCAAACCAGCUGUGGGAGUCCCUGUUACGCUGCACCAGAGCUUGUUGUUAGCGAUUCGCUGUAUACCGGACGUAAAGUGGACGUUUGGAGCUGCGGUGUCAUCUUGUAUGCAAUGCUUGCUGGUUAUCUACCAUUCGAUGAUGACCCCGCCAAUCCGGACGGUGAUAACAUCAACCUCCUCUAUAAGUAUAUCGUCACGACUCCUCUCACGUUCCCCGAGUAUGUGACUCCACAUGCCCGUGAUCUCUUGAGACGGAUAUUGGUCCCGGAUCCGCGGAAGCGAGCAGAUCUGUUCGAGGUUGCACGGCAUAGUUGGCUUAACGAGUACUCGCACAUUGUAUCACACAUAACUAGCAGUACAACCAAGGUCGCUGAUAUUGCUACUACAACCGUUUCUCAUGCAGAACAACCUAAAGAGGCCCCAUCCCUCGGACGCAGUGCGUCGGUUAGGGAGCCUCCUAAAACCUAUCAAAACACAGUCCCCUCUCUGGGCGGCCUUGUUCACCACGCUGGCGAUAUUUCACAGGAACAACCUGCCGAGAGCUCCAAGACUACCCGGGACACGAAACGGAGAACCGUUCAGGUCGAAUAUGUUGCUCCUUCGUCUCAGACUACGAGAGGGGAUGGCAUGGGAUCAACCACGGCAGGGCCAUCGAGUGUUGCUGAAACCGCUGAGCAUGCGCCCACUGGAGCAAGGUCAAUUAGCCGAGAUGCUGAGAUUGUCUCACCUACCAGUGGCGUACAGCAAGGCGCGCCUAUGGCGCCAAGCGCACAGGUCGGAGAUUCCAAGGCACAGCGCCCACCAUCUGGGCAUUUGCCUCUCUCAACUUCGGACUCGACAGCACUUACGGGAGCCGGGACAAUGCCCCAACCACAAUCUAUGCGGCCUACUACGGGUGCGUCCAUGUCUUCAUUCAAUACCGGUCGUUUACCGUCGCGAGGAUCCUACGGACAGCCCGUGGCUCCCACUGUGGCGGCAACCAAUGCGCAUGGUCGGCUGGCACAACCGAAGAGCAAGCAAUAUGUUAUCUCGAACCCCAUCCCUCAGGAUCCUUCACAACAGGCUGCGGUGUCGAUCGGCCGUCCGAGCACCCAGGCUCUUCCUGCAAAAUUCAAUACAACCCCCCGACAAGAGCCCCCGAAAGGUCACAAGAGAUCGAAUACUGUCUCGGGAAUUGGCGAGAAAUUGUUUGGGCGGUCUGGGUCCAUUUUUGGAGGACGUGGUGGACAGGCAAAUGCUCGUCAAAAAAGUGGCAAACGUUAUCCUCCUACAAGUAUGAGAGACCCUUAUGGUGGCGAUAUGCCCCGGAUGUCUAUGGAUUCACGGCGAUCCAUGCAAUAUGGAUCAAACCGGAAGACGAGCGAAACAGGUGGCGAGAGUCGGCCUCGUAGAUUCUCCCUCUUGCCGGCGUCAUUCUCCCUCAAGGGUCUUUCUUCGAGUAGAUCUCAAACCCCUGAUGAAGAGUCGCAAGCUGAUCGCUCCACGGAUAAUCGGGCUCCGCAAAAACCAUCAACCGGGGAACUACGACCCCGUGCACGUGCGACCAGCCACGGAACACAAGAUGCAAUAGGAGUCAUGCCAGAAGGGGCACCGGCAGAUGAGGUCUUCGUCCAAGAUGAGCCCAUCAACUACCAGGCCCGUAUUGAUGAGCAGUUUGCGGUGCUGCAUGGGACCCAAUCUGCAACGUAUCAACCAGCGUCCUACUCGGCUGAGCAGGUGUACCAGAACGACAAUGAUCACUAUUAUCGGAACCAAUACGCCAAUCACUCGACACCGAACUACUACGAAGAAUACAAUGGCCCAUAUGACAGCGUGCCUCGGCAAUCUACGUCGGUUGCCCGACCAACAAGAGGGGCCAGUGUCCUACAAAAAAAUCAUCGGAAAUUUGCCGAUGCCUAUGAGUAUGAGCGCGAUUCAACACACCACUCUGGCAGCUCUGGUGCGGCCAGGAAAGUGAUGGAUUUCUUCCGUCGACGAGCGAAGUCGAGGGCUGGCGAUGACCGCUAG